AUGCCGCUGCCCGACACCAUGUUCUGCGCGCAGCAGAUCCACAUCCCCCCGGAGCUGCCGGACAUCCUCAAGCAGUUCACCAAGGCUGCCAUCCGUACGCAGCCGGCGGACGUGCUGCAGUGGUCGGCAGGGUAUUUUUCAGCCCUGUCCCGAGGAGACCCACUUCCCGUAAAGGACAGAAUUGAAAUGCCUGUGGCUACACAGAAGACUGACACAGGCCUGACCCAGGGACUCCUGAAAGUCCUGCACAAGCAGUGUAGCCACAAACAAUAUGUGGAAUUAGCAGAUCUUGAGAAGAAGUGGAAAAAUUUGUGCCUUCCAGUAGAAAAGUUCAGAGCAAUCGUGGAUCUGGAUCCGAGUGAAGACAAAAUGGAAUGGAUCAAAUUUUUAGCACUUGGAUGUAGCUCACUGGGUGGGACCCUGAACACGGCCAUGAAGAACGUGUGUGAGAUCCUCACCUCUGACCCAGAGGGUGGCCCCGCUCGCAUUCCCUUUGAGACGUUUGCCUACAUUUACCAGUACUUGUCUGCAUUGGAUCCAGAAUUCUCGGCCGUGGAGACCGAGACCUAUCUUGCCAAUUUAAGAGACACGUCAGAAUCUAGAAAGAAUGGCAUGAUAGGACUUUCGGACUUCGUCAUUGGAAAAAAGCCAGUAUAGGAAGCCUUGAAGAGAAAGCUCUGAAGAGUAGAGCCUUAAUGCAGAGAGGAACACGUUUAAUGUUGAAGCUUUUGCGAAACCUUGGCGCCAAAUACAGCUUGUCAUUACCUUG